AUGGGGGCAACCGCGGACGAGUUCGUGGAGGCCGAGUUCCUGGCAGGCGCCGACGCCUUGCGCCGCCUCGCCGGCGACGACGAGCACGACACCGAGGCGUUCGCGCGGCUGGUGCCGGAACUCGAUGAUGCCGGGAAGCUUCCGGCGCCGGUGCUCGCGGUGCAGGUCACGAGGCCGGCUGGCAACAGCAGCGGCGUGGUGGUCGUCGGCGUCUCCCUCCACCACGCCCUGGCCGAUGGCAAGUCGUUUUGGCAGUUCAUGACGUGGUGGUCAGCCGCAUCGCGUGGAGACUUGCUCGCCGCCGCGCCGGACGACCUCGUGCCGCCGUCGUUCGACCGGACUGCGAUUCGUCACCCCAGCGAAGAGGAGCUCACCGUCUGGAUAUUGCGGUUGAGAGCGCCAAUGCUUCCUACGCUCGGACGGCGGUCGGCAGGCACUGCGUGCCGGCGCACCAGAACCUUCCUCCUCGUCGCCGACGAGAUCCAGUCGUUGAAGCGACGCAUUUCACAACAUCUGCCCAAACCAGCGAGCGCCUAUGUUGCCAUCUCGGUCCUGUCCUGGACGUGCAUCAUCGAGGCCAAGGCGUCGUCACACAUGAUCCACAAUGACGACGACGUCUUCCUGAUGGUGCACGCGGACUGCCGUGGCCGUCUCCGCGGGCCCCCGAUCCACGAGGGAUUCUUCGGGAACUGUGUCAAGUCAUGCUACGCGAGAGCCAGAGCGGUGGACCUGAUGCCCACGCACCGCCUUGGUGAGCAUGUCGACGGCCUUGCGCACGCCGCCGCGGCCAUCCAAGAGGCGAUCCGCGACGGGUUGGAGGCGACAGGGGAGAACCCAUUCUCCAACUUUGGGGAGGUGCUGAAGUACCACAUGGCGCUGCCGCCGGGGAGGGCGAGCACGGUGGGGUCGUCUCAUCGGUUCAUGGCAUACCAGACGGACUUCGGGUGGGGCCCACCUAUCCGCGUCGAGCUGGCGUCCAUCUUCGGGAGCAGCGACAUGGUGGCGCUGCUGGGAGCAAGGGACGGCAGCGUGCAGGUCUCGGUGACGCUCGACGGGGCGUGCAUGGAUGCCUUCGCCCCUGAUUUCAUGGGCGUCAUCAACGGCUUGAAAUUCUAG